AUGUCUUUCACUCCUCAUCUUUCUUCUCUUCAAGUCCUUCUUGUCCCUGUAUUGCUAUCAUUGUUCAUCUCCAGCUCCAGUGCUGUCGAGACGGUCACAGCAAUAGUCGAUACACCAUAUACGGAUUACCUGGACUUUCAACAAUUUGUUUUGAUUGCAUCAGGUCCCACCCCGACGGACGACGACUUUGCCAGCAUCAGCUCGACAGCAUUUCCCUUAGCAACAGCUUCAUGCAGCUCAUACGACGUGGGUGCUACUGUUGAGCUUGUUGAGGCACUUGCAGAUAUCUUCUGUACUGGUCUUGAUCUUUCCGAGGGCAGUAGUGUUUUUCAAACAGCCGAUAUCUGUGCUCUUGGUUGCAACUCAAGCUACACACAGAUCAUCACGUCUUGCGAAUUUAACAGCCAACUUAUCUACGGGUCAGGAAGUCUACAGGAUACCUGCGGCACCUUCGCAAUAUCGCUUUCGUCUGCCGUUCUAGCUCCCACUUCGUCCACAACCUUUGCUCCACCGCCGCCCAGUCCAACUCCAACACUAUCUCCACCAGGACUGCAAGAUCAGGAGUGUUACGAAGCAGACAGUUUCGGAAAGCACAGCGAUAUUGCUGGAAAAGUGCAGAGUUCUUAUGCUACCACCUUUUGCAGCACCAAUGACCAAACAUUUACUUCUGGGACAGCUCCCGUGCUGUGGAACGCGGGGUCAAUAAUAUUCCGAGAUGGACUCACACCGUAUCAUUAUACCGUAAGUUGGCUUGAUGGUUGUAUGACGACGGCAACGCAGCAGAGUAUGGACCAACCACUUGCUGGUGAUUCCACGGUCACUUGUGUUAGUCUGGUGAAGGAGAACUGGCGGAACUGCAACAACGGCGGAGCUGGUGGAACUCGGAUUGCUGGGUGUUUGAAAUACAAUUUUGCUGCAACACUAAAUACGACACAGAUUUGA